CUGUGCCAUCUUGAGCAAGUAAGUUCCGAAGAUUACUUUCCCGUUUCAUACCAUUGCUUUUAGUAAUUUAUCAUUUGUGGUCACCCAGAGUUAAUUUAAUAUGUGCCGCCGAUGCUCCCCGACGAUGCCGUUAUGUCUCUUGGCAGUAACUAGGAUGCCCGGCCAACUGCCGUGCCCACGUCACCCGCUGUGCUUUGUCAGUAUUGACCUGUAAGCACUCGGCAGCUCCUGCUGAACGUUGUCGUAGGCACACAAUACACACAUUCACCAAAGAAAGGCACUUCCUGUCAAGAAAGGAGCAAGGCAGCAGAAUCGAAACUACACCACAGCUAGAACCUAACAACAGCCCAAGGUAGCGCCAAGCAAAAGUGAUGGCUGCCAACCAUGAUAGAAAGAAUGAUGACUGCUACUUUUACUUUUACUCGACGUGCACCAAGGGGGAUGACUGUCCCUUCCGGCACUGCGAAGCAGCUCUGGGCACAGAAACGGUGUGUCCAGCCUGGAAGGAAGGCAAUUGCAUGAAGAAGUCGUGCAAGUUUAGGCACAUGGAAAGCAGGAAGAACCGGUCACAAAUCCCGUGUUACUGGGAGAACCAGCCAUCUGGAUGUCGCAAGCCCCACUGCGUUUUCCUGCACAGCCGGCCCCGUGCUGCGAUCCCAGAUGUGCUAGGUGCCCAGAGGGCGCCGGGCUGCACGGCAGACUUCCCAUCCACCAUCUACUACUCAGGUGCAACUACAGGAAGUGCUCGCACCAACACACCAACAGUGAUCCUGCCUGUGCCUGCGGCCCCUGUGGUAGCCCCUGAGGCAGCUACCCUAGUAGUGGCCCCUGGGGCCAAGCAGCCUGACUUGACCGCCACCCUGCCCCAAGCCAUUGAACCAGUGGUCGUCAACUUCGAUGAAGAGUCUGACAAUGAGAGCACCUUUGGAACGCCGCAGAAGAGUCGUACUUCGCCUUCGUCGCGCUGCGAACAAACUGGAGACCGAAGUCCGAGCAAAGAUUGCGAAGACCCGCUGCCGUUCCAAGUCAAGACGCUCGCCCAGAUUCGACAAGAAAAGGCCGUUGCCGCGGUUGUGACAAGCACGGAAGAGCUGAGCGUGUCGAUGGCAGUUGAUUCGGAGCGAAUACAAGAGGAAAGGCUGCUCAAGCGCAUCCUGGGUGUGGCGGAAGUCUACACUGGCGCCUUGGAGUCGGAGAGCAAGCUAAAUGCUGCUGACGAAGUCGUGGACCUGCGACAGAAGCUCGCCAAAAAAAGAAAGCAAGAAAAUUCUCAUUCAGCGGACGACGUCGACCGCAUGGAAAGGAAGCGAGUGAAAUCCGAGGCGGCGAAGUCAGUGGCUGCCGCUCGUGUCAAGCGGCCAGACUUCAUGGAAACGAGGCGGACGGUCACCAUCGGCAACCGCUCUAUGCGACCGCGCAGGGCAACGCUACCAGUGACGAAGCAUGCCGUCCUGGAGCAGGAGACCGCCGUCAGUUCGAGCACUCCUGACACUGAGUUAGGCGUCGGCGACGUCGUCAGACGCCUGGACGACUUUCUCGCUGAUGACGACGGCAUCGCAGCGUCUGACGAACUUGACGUCGCCGCAGAUCUACUGAGUGACUUGGACGGCGUCCUCGCCUUGCCGUGACAACGCUGGGGAAUUUUUGAGUGUUUUGGACUGUGAUGGAGCGCGACGGUCAUAAGGAGUCGCGAACUUUUCGCCGCUUGGCGGCAGUGUUGUCCUAUGACACAACACAAACCUCGUGCUACCGCCUGUGCGCGCCAUUCUUUUUUCCCCACUGAAGACAACGAAGAAAGUGCCAUAAUAGUAUUGCUCAAGCUACCAACUCAAAAAGUACAAGAAUGAAUUACAGAAAUCUCCAAUAACUUUUGGAACUCUUCAGUGCCGAACAAGGAACUGAAGUUAUCGCGACUUGGUCAUUCCUUUAAAUAUUUUUUUUUUCGUUUAUGUCAUUCUUUUCUUCCUUAGCAUGCGCUUAGCAGUUUUCAAGUAUCGGAUUUUGUACCAUAACAGUCCGUUUCAUUUGUUGUUUUUUUACAUCUUGUACACCUACAUAUGUACAGGGUGUCCCACAUAA